AAGUGUAUGUGGCAUUUCAAGCUCAGUGUAGACAAGUCCUCUUCUGAGGUUCCAGGAUUCAGUUGGAUACACGAAUAACGCUUAACUGGACUUCAUCCAUUUUCACAUUUGGACAAUUUAAAGAGCUUUUUGCUAGCUCAACAAAGACACAAAAUGCCAAACUGGGGAGGAGGCAACAAGUGUGCAGCGUGCUGUGGGACAGUUUACCAUGCUGAGGAGGUGCAGUGUGAUGGGAAGAGCUUCCACAAAUGCUGUUUUCUUUGCAUGGUCUGCAGGAAGGGUUUAGACAGCACCACGCUGGCAAUUCAUGACCAGGAAAUCUACUGCAAGUCGUGCUACGGGAAGAAAUACGGACCUAAAGGCUAUGGCUACGGACAGGGAGCGGGAACGCUGAACAUGGACCGAGGAGAGCGGCUGGGAAUCAAACCUGAAGAGACUCAAACUCACAGACCCACCACCAACCCCAACCCGUCCAAAUUUGCCCAGAAGUUUGGAGGGUCGGAGAAAUGCGCCCGGUGUGGAGACUCUGUCUACGCAGCAGAGAAGAUCAUGGGGGCCGGCAAGCCAUGGCAUAAGAACUGUUUCCGCUGUGCAAAAUGUGGUAAAAGCCUGGAGUCGACCACUCAGACUGAGAAAGAUGGAGAAAUUUACUGCAAAGCAUGUUAUGCCAAGAACUUCGGGCCCAAAGGGUUUGGUUACGGCCAAGGAGCCGGCGCUCUGGUUCACGCUCAGUGAUGCUCAACUGGAUCAUUUUAUACGAACCUCUGUCCCACAUGAACACUUCUCUAUUUUCCUCAAGUGUGUUUUUUAAUGCUGAAAUAAACACAUAAACAAAGCAGAUGUUCACAUUUGACUGUAUUUUAUUAUUAAAGCCAUUAAAACUGAACCAUGCCCAUAUGUUUACAUCUGAAGCGGAGUUACAGUGGUGUCUGAAGGUGGGCAGAGAGGCACUGGAGAUGAUGAUGUGCUUUAUUUUUUUUUCUCUUCAUCUUCUACUAUCCCACAUGGUGAGGGUGAGAGGGGAGACAGGAUAGAGA